AUGCCUCCAAGGAUUAUCCUUCCUCGGGCUGCAAAGCCUGACGGUAAAAGCGCUAAUGGAAAACGGAAGAAAGAUGUCUCAAAGGGAGAUGCAGAGGUAUCAACUCCAAAGAAGAAGACAAAAAUGGAAAUCCCACAAAUCUUGGACGAGGAACUUCUCGCAGCCGACCUCAACGUUGAUUACUCGAAAAGAAGAAAGAAGCUUAGGCCACAAAUGCCUAAAAAGCAGCAAUGGCAAAAAGUCGAAGGUGUUAUCACAGAGCGAGAAAAUGCACCUAAAGGCUGGAACCCAGAGGAGCCUGAUCUGAAGUCUGAUGACUUCGAAUCUCAGAUCGAAAGGUGUCUUGAACGAAUCUCAGAGAACAUCAUGCCUCAUGUCUAUCAACAUAAAAUGAACGAAUUUAUGGCAAAGCAGACGGAACGCAAUACUCUGAUGGCUACAGAGCCGGGUUUAAGUUGGCCCGUGGUACAACGCCUAGACGAUCUCAAAUAUACUUUGGCCUGGCUCGUGGAGGGAAACGACGUACACAAAAUGGUCGAUACAGUAAAGGCCAUCAUAGUGCAAUAUCGAUUAGGUGAAUUGGAUUGGACGCCGGACUUUGUCACCUACUGGCAUGCUGGAGUUCAGCUCUGUCUGCCGAGACCAUUCCAUUGGGACGAAUACCGCUACACUCAUGACAAAUGCCAGGGACAUGAAGGGUUUUGGGUCGAAGGUAUUCUCGGGCCUGCGCCUGGCAUGAGCAAGACUUGGAUGGCAUGCCAACCGGAUCCGCGUGUGAAUGCCACAAUGGUAAGACUUAGUCUUCGAAUCCCCCGGGAUCCGGCGGUUGCAGUAAAAAAAGGGGACAAUGGAAAAGAUGGACAAAACGGGAAAGAUGAAAAAGAUAAGAAAGAUGAUAAACCAUCACCCUGGCUACCGAGCUUUGAAUUCCCGUUUAUGGAUGACACAGGCUCUACACAUCUGAGCUUAUAUGAAGACGACAUCAACAUUCUUCGGAAUCUGGGUGGCGAUGGACAGACAUACCCCUUGCCCCGAUGCUUGGGUGUUGGAGUUCUUUAUGUCGCAGACGGGAGGCGGGUCACCUCACUAUUUAGAGAAUUGGAAGUCAACAUGUGGAGCACAGAUGAAUCGGCUUGGAUGUCCCCCGACUGGCAUGCGAUUCCAGCUUCUAUCCAGCCUGGUCAAUCAACGAGAGCUGGAGCUGACCGUUUGAGUGGGUCAUGGCUGCGACACAGAUUUUACACUGGAACUUGUCCUGAUCAGUCGAUGCGUCUUUGGGUUUUUAACUAUAACCCUGGGAUACCGCAGGGUCAGAGGACUCUUCCUACCGCGACAUCGGCACAAUUGACCGCGCCCUUCCGAUCUGGAAGGCUUCAUCCCGUCGCAGACUUUCCUCAUCUUGACCCAAAUCUGGCAACAGGGCAAAGUUUGCUUUAA